AUGAACCGGAACUAUGUGUUACAGCAGCAGCAGCAGCAGUCUGGAGGUGGGAGUGGGGGAGCAGGUGGGGGCGGGGCUUACUCGGUACAGGGACAGGUCAGCCCAUCUGAUGAGCACUCCAUGACCGCUCACAUCGCUCGCCAAGAGCCCCAGGGACAGGAACUGCAGACCGACAGUAGCCUAGAGAAACUCGGCUCCACCAAAGUAGGAGGAGUAGUAGUGGAGCAGGGGGGGGCAGCCAGGAGCAGUGUCCAAACCCUGAGGACCUCCCCACAUAUGAAGAGGCUAAAGUGCAGUCCCAGUACUUCCGUGGCCAAGGUCCUGCCCCUCAGCCCCCGCAGCAGAACCCCCCCCCCCCAGCAGCUCCCCCUGCCCACCUCGGUGGGGACAGCCUUCUACGUCACAGGGGUCAGCAGCGCCAAGGUGCGCACCGAGGGCCGGCCCAACCUGCAGCGGCUGAGCGGGGCGGGGCGGGUGCACCAGGACGAUGGGCUCAAAGACCUGAAGCAGGGCCAUGUCCGCUCCCUCAGUGAGCGCCUCAUGCAGCUCUCCCUGGCCACCAGCGGGGUCAAGACCCACGCUCCUGUCAGCAGCGCACCACUCUCCCCCCAGCUGCCCCCUCCUGGGCAGCCCACUGACUACUACAAGCCACAGCACCGAGGCCCACCUCCUGACUACCCCAUCAAAGGAAUGGGAUCUCCUCCCAAACAAGAGCCUGGAGGCCAUCCGUACCAUGAACAGAGAGGGAGGGAGCACUCCAGGGAGGUACCAAAUGUCCGAUACCAACCCCCCCCUGAGUAUGGCUCCUUCAGAUCCAGUAAGGAGGGCUUGGUUCACUUCCAGAGGCCCUUUCACCAGCACAGUCCUACCUCCUCUGUCACGUCUGUUGGCUCCUUGUCUCGUGCCCAGUCCUCCACCCUCAGCAGCAUCCUCAGUGCCUCCCACAUCUCACAUCCCUCUUUUCCUCAUCAACAAUCACAGUGUCAGGGAGAGCAUUUCCCUAUGGGACCUCGUAGUCCACAUGGAACGGGCUCCCACCACAUGUCAGAGCCUCUCCAUCAAACCCCCCAGAGGGCCCAUGCUUUCCCUUCUGAUCCUUAUGGCUCAGCCCCAAGGUUGCACCACCACCACCACCAUCAGCAGCUGCACCAUCCAUGUCAACAGCAGCAGCAGCAGUUCCAGGGACCCCCCCCUCCACAGCCCCAGCUCUCAGUCCAGGCUGGACAUUUCCCCCUCCCACAGUCCCUGCCACACCUGCACGGGGAGCCUUAUGCUAUCAUGGCUCGGGCCCAACAGAUGGUGGAUGUGCUGACAGAGGAGAACAGGAUGCUGAGGCAGGAGAUGGAGGCAUGUCGCGAGAAAGUCACCAAACUUCACAAGUUGGAAACAGAGAUCCAGCUGGUCUCGGAGGCCUAUGAAAACCUUGCUAAGUCCUCCUCCAAGAGGGAAGCCCUGGAGAAAACCAUGAGGAACAAGUUGGAGCUAGAGGUGCGCCGACUGCAUGACUUCAACAGAGACCUCCGAGAACGCAUGGAGACAGCAAACAAGCAGCUUGCAUCUAAGGAGUGCGAUGGCUCAGAGGACAACCGCAAAACCAUCUCCCAGCUGCUCGCGCAGAAUAAAGAAAUGCUACGAGAAAAGGAGAAGUUGGACAUGGAGUUAAAUGCACUGCGUUCUACCACAGACGAUCAGAGAAGACAUAUUGAGAUCAGAGACCAGGCACUCAACAAUGCACAGGCUAAAGUGGUCAAGCUGGAGGAGGAGCUGAAGAAAAAGCAGGUUUACGUGGAAAAAGUUGAGAGAAUGCAGCAGGCUCUGGCCCAGCUCCAGGCAGCGUGUGAGAAGAGAGAGCAGCUGGAACACAGACUCCGUACACGACUGGAGAGGGAGCUGGAGUCACUGCGCAUGCAGCAGCGCCAAGGAAUCUCUCAGGCCAGUGGUGGGGCGCCAUCUGAGUAUAAUGCGACUGCCUUAAUGGAGCACCUCAGAGAGAAGGAGGAGCGGAUUCUAGCUCUGGAGGCUGACAUGACUAAGUGGGAGCAGAAGUACUUGGAGGAGAGCGUCAUGAGGCAGUUUGCUCUGGAUGCAGCAUCAUCCGUAGCGACUCAGAGGGACACGUCUGCAGCCGGGAUGAGCCACUCUCCAACCAGCAGCUAUGACACCUCAGUGGAGGCUCGAAUCCAGAAGGAAGAGGAGGAGAUUCUCAUGGCCAAUCGGCGUUGCUUGGACAUGGAAAGCAGAAUAAAGAAUCUUCAUGCCCAAAUUAUUGAGAAGGAUGCCAUGAUUAAGGUUCUUCACCAGCGCUCAAGGAAAGAUCCCAUCAAGUCUGAUGCUCAGCCUGCCAUGAGGCCUUCCAAAUCUCUCAUGUCCAUCUCCAACUCCGGCUCUGGGGGUUCCGGACUUCUGUCAUACAGUCUGGGACUAAGUAGCUCACCAAUCACAGAGGAACGCAAGGAUACAAGCUGGAAAGGCAGUCUUGGGGUUCUGCUGGGUCCAGAGUCCCGCGCAGAGUCUCUGAGGACAGAGUCAAUCUCAUCAUCCCCCUCACCAGUGCUUUCUUCAACUCCAAUGACGGCAGGCCACUCAAAGACCGGCAGCAGGGACAGCUGCAUGCAGACGGACAAGGGGCCGGACGCUAGCAAGACCAACAUACCGGCCCCGCCCAGUACCACCCUGCCGCCUCUCCUGUCCAGCCCCAGCCCAGCUUACAUCCCAGACCGCUUAGCAGAUGUGCCAGUGUUUCACAGCAGCACCCUGGAGCGGAGGUUCCCCGUCCAGCCCCACGCAGAGCAGCACACUCAUCCUCCAAAUCCAGCUACCCAACAGGAGGUGGACUCAGACAUGGUGGAGAUCCUCAUCUGACCCCACAUGUUUAGUCAAGGAAAACAUGGACCAAACCCUGGAUGGCAGCCCCUGCUGGCAUAAAGCGUGCACAAACAACUUUUACAUGGUUUAGUCUGUACUAGCCCAACUUCAGCCUGCAGUAAUUUGAGGUAAAUAAAACAGGAUACUUUUCUUACCCACCUUAUGCUGUGUUUCUGCCAGGAAACAUGUCACAGAUUGUAGCCUCAUAUUUAUUUUUUUUAUAACUUCAGCUUCCUUAUUAUACAAGCUGACUUGCGUAGUCAAAAGAAAACUUUUUAAACAUGUCAAUUCAGCAUUGUGACAGAGGGGCAUACUUCCACAAACAAAUACUUUACACAAACUGUAUCCCAGACAGAAAUCUGCAUGUUUCAUUGUAAUGCAGUUUGCGUUCAUGUUGCAGCUCCCACUGGGUUUUCAACUAUUGUUUUUGGUCUUUGCUUAGGUGGUAAACGCUUAACAUAAAACGUUUUUGCAUCAUUCAGAUAAAUGGUGAUGACUUCUUCUUAUUAAUUUGAAUAAACAAAAUUAUUUGGAAUACAUGUUUUCUACUAUAUUGCAGAAUUGGUCCAUAUGGGCUUUUUACCAUUUGUUACUUUUAUUAGCCAAUUUAAUCUGAAAGAAUGUUUUUUGUUACUGUAUUACUUUACAAAGUAUUGUAUGUAUGUGUAUUGUUACUUUUCAUUUACUUCGAACAUGGUACUUUUGCAGUCAAGUGUUAUAUUGUAACUGUUUGAGUCUGAUUGCAAACAUACAUGUUUGUAAAAAUGUUUGAUUUGCUCUCAAAGCAAAGUUGACUGAAACAGUCAUUAAAAAACAAAGAGGUAUCAUAAUCCCAA